ACCAAGUAACCAUUCGUCACGGGCGGGACCCUUUGUCCCGGGCCGAUAUGACUUAUAUAAAAUUAACAACAACAACAACAUGUUAUUUGAUAACAGGUUUAUAUAUGCAGCGGAGUAUUUAGCAGAGAAUGUGAUGAACAGAGUGAGCUUCUUUGCCUAGCUAUAAGUGCUGUCAGUGCAGAACAACACCUAAAAGUGGUAUUACAUAACAAACUUUAUAUAAUAUAAAUAAAGUUUGUUGAUAAUUGCAUAACAAUACACAUGAACAUCAAAAUAUUUUCAAGAGAGAUAUUAAGCAUUCAUGCAGUUUGAAAACAUUGUAGAAUUGAGUCAGAAAGUAAAAAUUGAAAAUAUCUGAACAAACAUUUGAUGAAUUUUCCCAGUAUGUUUUACGUAAAUCUGGGACACUUACAGGAAAUUAUUAACAGAAAAUGAGUUAGUUUUAACAAACAUUUGAUGACUUUUCCCAUUAUGUUUUAUGUAAUCCUGGGACACAUUUCACAAAUAAUUGCACAGAAGAUGAGUUCGUCACAAGGUGUACUGAAAGAAAACUUGAUGGGAAGAGAUGAGAGUGAGGUGGAUGAUUCAGAAGGCUGGUCAGAAACUGAUGCAUCUUGUUCAGAAUCAGACUUGGAAGGUUACGAAGAGAUUGAUAUUGACUUAGAGGAUGAACUUCUUAAAGCCGGAGUUGUUUCCAAUAGUGCCAGUGUUUCUGAAGCCAUUGUUGUUGGGAUUGAAAAUGGUGUCAGUGUUUCUGAAGCCAUUGUUGUUGGGAUUGAAAAUGGUGUCAGUGUUUCUCAAGCCGGUGUUGUUGCCUAUGAAACCACCUCCAUUGCUUCCAAAGCUAGUGUUGUUGGCAAUGAAAAUCAUGCAAGUUUUUAUAAAGUUGAAGCUGCAUCAGAAAGUGCUGUUUUUUAUGAUGCUACGAAGGCUUCUUAUAAUGCAAAACUUGAAGAUAAGACGAUUACUGAUCGGAUUUCUUCUCAAACCAUUGAAACUUUUAGUCAAGUGAAUGAUGCACAACAUGUGAAAAGUGUGACUGAGUAUUUGAAGAAAAUUGAGGAAAGUGUGUGUGAAAAUCACAAUUUCAAAAAAACAUUACCACCACCCCAACCAAAGGGUGUUAUUACAUCUGGAGAGUUGAAAUCAUUAACAAAACAUGGUGCCAGUUUACAAACAUCACCUCAGUUAGAUACAGAGAAAAGUGUUUACAACAGUAGUCCUAAAAAUGUUCACAAAGAUACUCCAAAGGACUAUCUGCAAGAAAUAUUACAAAGAAACAAAGAGGCAACACAGAGGAAACUUCAGUCACUUCAAAGAUCAAAUGUUGCCUUUAAGUGGAAAAGGCGAAAAACUGUUGAAAGUGGAUCAUUUCUAUCAAAUUUAGUGCCACCGUCAAAGUGUAACCUUUCUUCACAGCCUGUUGCUGAAGAGUGUCUUAUAAAUAGUAGUAGAAAUAAGCCUAAAAACUUAUGUAUGCAAACUCUGAGUGAAAAACAGCAUUUAAAAGGUGGUAAGAAUAAACUGAGAAAGAACUUAAGUUCUAAGGUUCAAGCAGUGAAAACGAAGGGGAAAAAACGCAAAUUGUGCCAUUUGUCAGACACAAGUAUCGAUAUUAAGACUGAUUCAGAAUCAAGUGAUGAAAAUAGUGCUAUUGAAACCAAUAAAGUGUUCAAUAAAUGCAAUGCCAUAAACACUGGUAAGUCAAAAACCAUGGUUGCGAAGACCGAGGGAUCUCUGGAGACAAAAAAUAAAAGAAGAAAAGUAAUUGAAACUGUGACCCUGCCACCAGAAUUAGUCAUUUCUGAACAGAAAUAUGAUCCAGGGCAAAUUGAAUGUCAAAAAACACUUUCAAAAACCCAACAAAGUUGCCAGAUAGAAUUGGGAGAGAAAGCUGAAGAGUUUCAGAUUUCUGACAAUGAUUCUUCCUCAAAUGGUGACAUUUCAUCUGAUACAGGUUCUGAAUAUGAAUUUGUGGGUGGGCAGUUAAAGCCAGUAUAUUCUGCUUUCAAUGGUUCGGCUUCAAGUGGUAGCAAAAGGCCAGUCAGAAAGGCAAAGAUCGAAGCUUUAGCAAGAUCAGCCAUGACCUGUGUGGCGGAGAUGUCUGAGUUGGAUGAUGAAUCUGAAAGUGAACAAAGAGUUGAUGAGGAUAAGUUGAGAUCCAAGAAAGCCUUAGACAGUGAGAUGAGUUCUAGGAAAAAAAGCACUAAAACUAAUCUGGCAGAUGAACAAAAAGUUCAUAAGAAUAAGAUGAGAUCCAAGAAAGCUUUAGACAGUGAGGUACUUUCUGGGGGGAAAAGUGCUAAAACAAAAUCGACAGAUGAAAGGACUGCUCUUGGAAUGAAAAAUCUAACAACAGCAAGAAAACACACUGCUGGAAUAUCCAGAUUUGCCUCUGAAAAUAAGUCUGAAAAGGCAGAUCAGACAGGUGAUGAGGAAUGUAGUCAAGAUGAAGUCAUUAAUGAUGUACAUUUCAAAGUUGGUAAUUCUAAGAAGGGUAUGUAUACAUGCAAAAAAUGUUUAAAAGGUUUUAGUAAUCUUUACUCAUUGGCAAAACAUAUGAAUUCUCAUGCUUCUGCUGGAAGCUCUACUUCAGUUAUACAGUCAUUAUCUGACUUGGAUCACAAGGGCAAACAAUGCCAAAACUCAAAGAAUAAAGACGUUGAAAUAGUGAACAUUGAAACAAAAAAUGCAAACAUAGAAUUUGAAACAAAAGAUGAAGACAGCACUAAGAAAAUCUAUGACAGUGCAAUUGAAAUAGUCUCAGAUGAUAAAGAGGAGUUCCACUGCAAUGUGUGUUCCAUUAAGUUUGAAUCUGCUGUUCUUCUAAACAUUCAUGGGAGAAUACAUAAGAACUCAGUUACUGAGGUUAAAGUUACAGAUGAUGCCAGUUUUAUAUGUGGUCUUUGUUCAAGGUCUUUCAAAAAUGCAGAAGAUUUAUCGGAGCAUAUCAUGAGCCAUCAAAAGGGGGACAAACGGUCUGCCCCUGUGCCCAAAGGAAGUGUUUCAGCGACUAAAAUUACUAAACUGCAAGCGUUUGUGUGUCUUCAAUGCAGCUGUGUGUUUGAUACGAGAUCAUUGUUGGAUGGUCAUGAUUGCAAAGAGGAAUCAAUCAACACAUGUAGAAUUAGUGGGCAGGGUUUUGAUGCCCUGCCCAAGCUUGAGUCACAUGUUAGCAGCCAAAGCAAUAUUAGCCCAUCAAAGCUGGCUUCAUUUAAAGAACCUCAGUUGCAUAUAGGGAAACAAUACGCAGAGCCUGAGAUCCUGAAAAUAGAAAACGAAGAUAGCUCGGAUGUCACAAAAACUCAAAAUCCACAUAAUGUAAAUUCUUUUGUCAAUCAAAAGGCAGCUAUCAAAACUUUCUCAGGUAAAUCUAAACGUGCUGCAUCAGAAAAAGGACGUUUAGACUCAAAUACGGGUUCAAAAACAGAAAGACUUGUAGAAAAGGCCCCAGCAGAUAGCUGCAAUUUACAAUCAUUGGAUGAGAAGUGUCACAUGUCUGCAGGGAAAGUGUUGCCAAGAAACAACACUGACGUUCCAAGCAAUACCAAGGAUAUCCAUGGAAAUCAUGAUUCAACCGGCUUAAAAGUGGGUGCUCAUUUGUCUUUGGAUAAUGAAACAAAACAGAAAACUGAUGGCAAGAAAGAGGCACUUUCCAAACUUCUCAAAAAUUCAGCAGACGACAUUUUAGCAGACGAAAAUUUCCCAGCAUCCCUAGUGAUCCACAAACUCCUGAGUUAUUUGCCCUUGAACAUAGUUGACAAAGUGGUGAAGGGGCAAUAGUGACAAGAUCUAGUUUGCCAUACAGUUCUUUAUUAAGCUUGUGAAAAAUUUCCAUAAAACUUGCCUUUUAUUUUCGUCAAGACUUUUGUCUAAGAGUGACUUAAACAUUUAUUUAGUCAUUUUAGUGUGGCUAGCAUUAAAUGUAUUUUUCUUGUUGUCUUUUAAAUAAGUCAACAUCUACAAAAAUAGUUUAUUUAUUGAAAUGUCAGAUAUGCUUUUUCCUUCAGAAAGACCCACUUUGGCAACAACAAUGGAUUAAUUCUAGUUUGAACUACAAAUUCAAAUCUGUGAAUUCAUGCAAACCUAUCUUACAUGAUAAUUAAAUUUUAAAGUCCCUCUUUCAAGAAAUGUCUUGUGUAUUAAUAUUCAAAUCAAAUAAACACUAAAUGUAUUGUUUGGCAUUGAAGUGUUGUUUUGCAUGUUUUAUAGAAUUUGCAAUACAUUUAAUGACAUGUUUUUAUGUUGCAAAAGUGCUUUUAGAUUUGUAUGACUGUUGUCUUUUCAAGCAAUAAUAGUACCUACAUGUAUGUGGACCUGACAUUUUACUCUAAAAAUGUCACGAUUAUAUUUGAUCUAGAGGAGCUUUGUCUCGUUUGCAAUGUUCUGUGGUGUUCAAGAAGCCAGUUAUUUUAUGCAAUUUUGUAGACACUAUUGUAAAAGCAGAUAUGUUUAGUCUUUAUUCUUAUGAAGGUUUACUGUAAUCAGCUGAUAAAAAUAUUAAGUUGACUUUGAUUUGUUUGUGUUUUUUACAUAGUUGUACAAUUAAUAUAUUUGAUUUAUGUAUCUCCGUUGUAUAUAUGAUAAUACCUGUUUACUUCUUUUUUGUUGUUGUUCGUAAAUAUGCAAUCUCAAUCCUGCUGAUAAAGCUUCUUCCUCUACUUUUUAAACAUUUUCUCACUCAGAAGUAAUGUGAAAAUGGUUAUAACUCGCAGUCUGUUCAGGUUUUAUGCUGUUAGCAGCUCAUCAGUAUCUAAGGGUUGAAAAUGAAGUCUUAAAAACUGAAAUCAAGUAAGAAAUAGAGGAUGUUUGUUGGAUUCGGUAGAUUAUCGAUUUUAAUUCACGAGCGAUCAUAGAAAAUAAUAUUGUCACAAGUGGCGUGGCCACGAGUGAAAAAAUAUAUUUUCUAUGAUCACGAGUGAAUUAAAAUCGAUAUCCCACCGAAUCAAACAAAUUUUCUUUUUAUUUUAUGCUUUUUUUCACAUUUAAUAUAUACAUCGUUAAAGAGUUUAACAUAAAAAUUUCGCUGGGAUUAUGACGUCAUUUCGUCUAAAAAAUGAUGUCAUUUCACAAUAAACAGUGAAAAUUAUCGAUAAUUUUCACUGUUAAUUUUCACUGUUUGAAACAGUGAAAUUAUCAGUUUUAAUUCAUUGAUAUUUCUCUAUAAACCACCGGAAAGCAUAAAAUAAAGGUCUGUAAUUAAAAUUAUCUUUCUAAUGGACUACAAAUGCGUAAAACUAUGUACAUGUAUCUAAGUGAUAAAGGGUUUAGUAUUGCAAAGCCAGUUUACAACUUAAAACCAUUAUUUAUGCAAACACCUGAUAAUGAUCAUGCUUAUAUUCUUAAGUGAAUAAACAUUAAAAGUAAAGACCAUGAGGUCAUGCAGUGUUAUUUACUAAAUGUAAACAUAAUUUACAUUUACAGUGUUAUUGACUUAAUGUAAACAUAAUUUGUAAUUUACUACAUGUGUAUGUGUGAUUUUAGCUUAUGCAUGUAUCUUUAAGUUUAAUGCUCUCUUUUUAAGUUUUUGAGGCCCAUCAAUGUGUAUUAUAUGGUAAAAAAUACUCCUUUAUACUAGUUAUUCUAUGCUGGUAUUUUUGUAUUAUUAAUUAAUUUCCCUCUGCAAAGAAGUGUGGGGGAUUAUGGGAAUGCCCUUUGUCUGUCCAUCUCUCUGUCAGUCAGUCAGUCUGUUAGUCUGUCCGUAACAUGUUUGUGUUUUCUACAUAUCUUCUAUUCCCUUUGACUGAUUUUCAUGAAUUCCUCAAAUGUUCAGGGCAUUGAGACAAUGUGCAGAAGGCAUGAUGAGUGUGUCACAUUGGCUCAGGGCCAUACAUCAAGGUCGGAUAAUUUAAACAAACUGAAGGAUUUGAUGAAAAGUAAAUAUCAUUCAGUAAAUGUCCGAAAGUGGUGAGACAAUUAUGCUAGUUAAUGGCCAAAGUAAUCUCAUCGGAAGAUAAUGCUGUAAGUUCAUGUGGCCUUAUUGUACAAUUUUGAUUUUAUUCAUGCUGCUCAUUGUCGAUAAAACCAAAUACUCUUAAGUCUAAGACUAAACGAUGACUCAAGAAAAAAAUACUUAAGUGUUUGCAUUAUAUACAGGAUAUCAAUGUCAGCACUAUUCAUGUUAUGACAACAUAUUUUAUGUAGCAUAAUUUACAACAUGUCUACCUUGCCAAUGUCAUUAACUGUAAUAACAAAAAGUUCUAAUUUAAAAUAAAAUUAAUUUAAUUAUAGAGGAGGAUUGCUAAGUUGGAUUAUGAUAAUUACAGCUUUAAACAAUACAGUUUCAAAUGUUCUUUGAUCUUUUUCUUUGCGCAAUGGAAUGGUUGGUGAUACAAGCUCUUUGAUUGGCAAUUUUAUCUAUAUUUGUUAAAGUGUUGCUUAUAUAAGCUUAUAUUGCAUGGUGUCAUAUCAUUUCAAUACUAGUCAUUGUGUUGUAAAAAAUGAAAAUGUAAAUAACUGUAAAAUUUGAAAAAUUGUUAAUUUCUAUGUUUUUGAGUUUUGGUUGCUAAGAACUUGUGAAUAUAUUGGAGUUGGUUGUUCUUUGCCUGUUGUAAUCAUGAAAUAUAAAGUGCUAGUUUAUAUAUGAACAACAAAUUGCUUACCGAUUUGGUAUUAUUUUCUGAUUGUCAUUUAUACAUUCUCAUUAUAAUCUGAUGUGUUUUAUAAAGUGUAUUAUUGUUUCUCUUUUUAUUUUUUUACCUGUUAGUAUGAAUAAAAUGAUAAAAAGCUC